AUGGAAGAAGAACCAGAACCAGAUUCAAUUCAGCUCGCAUCUAUGGAAAAGACUCACGUUCGUUAUGAACCGCAUAAUACUAAUGAUACAAUGAUAGGUACACAUAAUCCGACUGAAUCUGAACGUGAUUUAUUUAAAGCCUUUCAAUCGGUCAUUGCUGAUCAGAUUCGUUCACAUUCGUCUGAUUUACCACCUUUUGAUGAUUCUGAACUUGAACCUAUUAGUGUCUACACUGAGAUCAACAAUGAUUCUCGUUUUCAUUUUCAAAUUCAGUUGCCGAAUGGUCAUCGUUGUCGUGCCUCGAUUAUUCAACCACUAGGUGUUCCAAUUGAAGGCGAUAAGACUGAGCGCGAAAAGAUGGUUUAUACUGAUUCUAUUCAAUAA